AUGCAUCGUUACAACCUGCUCGUCGAGCGCUUUGACGCACAGACUCGAAUGCAGUGGGAGUCCUCGAUCCGCGAUUCCGUCGACCCGCCAAGCAACGACGUCCUCAUGGACUUCAUAGCGAAGCAGAUCCUCACGCUGAACGCCGUGCAGCCAACCACUGCCGCGAAAUCCGGAGACACUUCUCGGUCCGCAAGGUCGCACUUUGUAAAACGCGCAUCCGGUUCGUCAACGUGCGCCGCCUGUAAAGAAAAGCAUUCGAUUAUGCAAUGCUCGACGUUCAAGGCCAAGACCGCUGCCGAGCGAAAAGGCCUAGUAGAAGCAAACAGAUUGUGCUUCAACUGCCUCGGCAACCAUUACCUGGCAAAAUGUCAGUCGUCGAAAACUUGCUUCACUUGCAAAGCACGCCACCACACACUUCUGCACGACGCAUACUCGCAAUCUGAUGGUGCGAUUUCCUUGUCCACCACACGCUUCGCAUCAGACCGCAAGGCGAUUCUUCUUGCCACCGAACGGGUCACUAUCAAGGACCACGUGGGAAGACCGCACGACAUCCGAGCACUGAUCGACCAAGGAUCAGAGGUCUCUCUAGUCUCAGAGGCCCUGGCACAACGAUUGCGCCUGCCGCGGAUCCGCUCCUCGAUGACGAUAGCCGGGAUCGGAGGAGCCUCUGGAGCAACCCGCGGACGGCUGUCUUUGGCGCUCUCCUCGGCAAUAACUGGAGCAACGCUCCCCGUCCAGGCGUACGUCCUGCCGCAUCUCUCCUCGUACCAGGGGCCCAUCGUGCGAGCCAGCGUCACCUGGCCUCACAUACGCGGUCUCGCUCUGGCCGAUCCGCAAUAUUUAGACCGAGAUUCAAUCGAGAUACUGCUCGGUGCGGAUGUCUAUUCCGCCAUCCUUCAAGAUGGACUCCGCAAGGGAUGCAAAGACGAGCCCAUCGCGCAGAAGACCUCUCUCGGGUGGAUCCUGUCGGGAGGACACCGAGCCACGGCCCAGAGUAGCCAUGCCGCUCACCAAUGCACCAUAGACCGCCAGCUGACCGACUUGGUGCAGCUCUUCUGGGAGCAGGAGAAGGAGAAUACCGCUCCCGUCGCUCUUACCCCGGAGGAGAGAAGAUGCGAGGACAUCUUCGUCCGCGAGCACUCACGCACCACCGCCGGACGUUACAUUGUGAGGCUUCCCUUCUCCGGAGCUCCACCCUCUCUGUCAGGAACCCGUCGGCCGGCCGAGCGUUUGCUCCAUGCCAUGGAGCGCCGCUGCGACAAGGACGCUCGAUUCGGCAACCUCUACCGCAGCUUCAUGAAGGAUUACGAAGACCUGCAACACAUGGAAGCUGUAACCACAUCAUCACAACAAGAAGAUACUGCAAGAUGCUACUUACCGCAUCACGGAGUGUUGCGAGAAACGAGCACCACCACUAAGCUCAGAGUCGUGUUCAACGGCUCACAGCUCACGACCUCGGGCACCUCGCUCAACACCAGUCUGCUGACUGGUGCCAAUCUCUUGCCAGUUCUCGCCGACACGACCGCGAUCAUCAGCGGAUACUUUGACGGCACCGUGCCGUUGACGACAUCCGCGAAUACCGCUUGCGAACGGUCACGUAUGGCUUGGCGUGCGCGCCAUUCCUCGCCAUACGGACCUUGCACCAGCUCGCCGACGACGAAGGUCACCGAUUUCCGCAAGGAGCUGUCGCGCUGCGCCGCGAUACUUACGUGGACGACGUCGUGA